GGAGUUAUGUGUCUCUAUAAAAUGUAGUAAGGCCAACAUCUGGGUUGAGUAUUGUAUCAUUAUAUGUAGGUACAUAUGGGUAGAGAGUCCUGGAACUUUGAUUUAAUUUCCCAGGUACACAGGCAACUUUGCUGUGGCCUGUGGCUCUGAGGUGAAACUAUGCAGUGUGGUGGAGAAGACUGUUGGUACCUCAGACAAGACUUACCUGGAUGUGGAGGUGUUCCUGGAGCUAUGCUGGAGCUUCCCUGUGCUGUCUAUCUCUCUGUGCGAGGAGUUUGUCGUCUGCUGCUCCCACAAAGAGGUGCAUGGAAUACGAGUCAGGUAUGAUGAAGGUGACAUUGCAUCUGCAAAAUCCAUGAAAAGAAAACUGACUUCCCCGGCCACUUCCAUGGGCUCUGCUACUGUGGGAGACCCAGGGGGAUUGAACAGCGAGUCCCAAGACAGCACAAUCAGCACGCCAGUGUGUGGCUCUCCUUCAUCCAACAUCAGCGAGACCAUCCUGUUCUCUGAGCAGGCCAGAGGGCGCUCCUUAACGUUUGCUCUAGACAGGGACAAAAAGACGUACGAGUGCUUGCUGAGAGAUGGGAGCUACAAUGGGCGUGCAGACUCUGCUGGUGCUGGAAAGGAUUUCUCCUCUGUUGGUGUUCGAGGAAGCCAGAAAACCAGUCCCAGAUCAUCCGUUGUAUUUGGCUGUGGGGGAGCUGAGACCAGAGUGGUGGAUGAUGAAAAUUUUGUGGAGUGGAACUUUGAGCCGGGGGUCAGUGAGGCCGGGGGCAGCUCUGUAUGUCUGCCAGGUCUACACACCAACACAACACAGUCCCAGUGUCACAAACAUGCCAGCCUCAUCAGCCCGCCUGUGCUCUCUGAUUUCUCUGGUGGCAAAGUGAAGUCCAGUACGGGGGUCCAGGCAGAGACGGUGUUGCACUUGAGCGACAGCCGAGAGACGGAAGAUUGGAUGAGUGUGACCCUUGUGCCUUCUCACAGUGCAGUUCCCUCUCCUAUCCUGCGAGUUGACACCAUCAGUAGUGACCGCAUGAGGUCCAACCAUGGCCUGGGCCGCACCAGCAUGUGCUGUUACGUCAGUGGCAACAGGGGAGGCUACCUGUACCAGUUGUCGCCUGUGCUCACCCGCGUGUCGGUCUACAAGUACACAGAUGCUGCCUCACAGAUUGGCAUAGGACAAAGCUAUCUGUACGCAGUGACGAGCACGGGGAUUGAGACGUACACGUCGCGCUGGGGAGCUGUGGCCUUGGAGAUGCUGGAGAGGACAGAGAAGGAAAUGCAGCAGGAGAAUACUCACCCGCCGUCCAAUCUGGACAUCUGCCUGUGUGGACACGAGCCUUUCCUGGGAGCCGUCAGCCUCUCGGUGGGCAUGGACUUUCUGGCUCUGCUGUCCAAGGUGGAAGAUCCUUCUGGGAAGGAGGAGACAAUGUGGAGUUUGUACGUACUCAACUGCUUCAGCUUGCAAGAACAGUUUCAGGACAUGAUAGCAUUUGCUGAGAAGAUCCAAGUCACGGGCCCCUCCUCUUACAUCCACCUACUCCAGGAGGCCCACCUGUUGCUGAGCACGCACCCGAUGCACACUGUGAUCAACGACGUGUCUGUGGCCGCCUGUCUCAGCACUGUGUCCAGACUUCUCGGGGAUUUCUACUCCAUGCCAGGGCAAGAAGACUGGUGGCUGUGCCAGCCCUACUACCACCAUGCUGGGGCUCCACUCCUGGAACUUGUUGACUUUGCUCUCGCCGAAGCUGAAAAGCAACCCCGUCAAGAGUUUGGCAAAGGUUUGCUGCAGUACUUGGACUUCGUGCUGUGUGGUAAGAAUGACCUGGAGGUCAACGACCCAGCUCUUGCCGACAAAGUCCUCAACAUCUACGCUGUGGCCGCCCCCGAGAAGUUGUCACAGGUCAUCCUUUUGUCACACUUGAAGGACUUUACAGCAGAGAAAGCUCUACGCCACCUAAAGACAUGGCUGUCCUUGAAGGCAAGUGCAGCUCAGCCUAUCAGUGCUGUGGACAAGCUAGCCAUGGUACAGCUCCACUUGUCGCUCUGUGAGGUAGACCUAGCCUGUGCCGAGCUCACCUCCAUUCCCCGGGCUGAGCUGGUGUCCGUGUGUGCCUCGAACCCCAGCCUUGUGCACUGCAACCUGGAGGCCUUCACUCCACUGGCCCAGCUGAUGCGCCAGCACCUGGCACCCGUUCUGCUGGACAUAUUAGUGGACAUGCUUGACCGAUGCCUCAUGUCACUGGACUCGCUCAUCAUCCUCCUCAAGAGUCAGGGCAGUGCCGACAUACACUACAACAACCACAUCAAGGAGGUUCUUGAGCUGUUACUUUGUGAUGAGCGGAGACUAUUCUUGUUUGAUGCUGCAACUCAAUUGUUGUGUGAGAUCUAUGUGGUGAGAAUCCGAGGCAAAGGACAGCAUCAGACCCAGGGGAACAGCGUCAGUCCACAGAAGUUCUCACUGCCCUCUGGCUGUGGUCACUUUGCCCCAAGGUUUGCCUGGCUGGAUUACCUCCCUCCCUUCUACAGCCCCCACAAGAUGGUCAAGCCAUGCGCCUUCAUGGAAGUGAAGCAUUUGACCGGUCAGGGUUUGCGAGCUGCCAGCAGUAAGCCUGUGAACGUUGUGGCCAGAUCGGCAAACAAGCAAGUUUGUUCUUGCUGUCUGUGCCACGAAAACUUGCUCAAACUACAGUCCCUGCUGUGCUGGCCUCGCCUCUCCCCAGACCUAGCCUCACUGGUUCUCUCCCUCAUCGACGCCGACACUAACACGAGCCCCGAGAACGCGUCCUUGACCUCAGGUCACAGCUCGGCCGCUGCUGGUGGUGGUGGUCAGUCGGUCUGUUGGGACAGCAUCCAGCUGCUGUGUGGGGCCAAACUGGACCUGGCCGUUGCCACGGAGACCGUGGUGGAGAAAUUCCCGGGUGUGCUGGCCAACUUUGCUUCCUGUUGCUUUCAUGGCGAUUUUGAUAGGUAUUCUCACUUGCUGCGUUGCCUAGAGGCAGAAAUCAAACUCCGCGGCUAUUCUCACUCGGGUCAGACUGGUGAGGCCUACGUGAAGGCUUAUAAAGACCUGCUAGCCAAGCUGGCAGAGAUGUUCCCCCCUGCCCAGUUUGUGUUGCUUCUGCCAGAGGACGGGAACCUGUUCUUCCUGCUGCCUUUUGUCUGCCAGAACCUGCAGGCCGGACACACAGAGAGGCUGAAAGAGCACAUCGUGCAGAAGGGCACGCAGCUACUUACUCAGAGCUGACACGUUACACACUACUUGUGUUGCGGCGGUUGUCUAGUGAUUAGGCUAUUAGGCUUCUGGACUCAUAACUGGACUUUGAGCCUGGGGACCCAGGUUGUGUCCUUGGGAAAGGCAGUUUUUUACGCAAAUUCUCCUCACUUCACCCAGGUGUGAAUGGGCACCCGA